CUUCUUGUUGCAGACAUUUACCAGCAGAUCAUUCAGUCGGCCUGAAUGAUGUAACUUCAAAGUAUACGGUAAUCAAUUUAGUAGGUCCUAAAGCUACAGGCCUGUUAUCCGAGCUUUCUAAUUCUAACAUUAAUCUAUCUCCUUUCACGUACAAGGUAAAAACAACUUCACCUGUUGCAGCUAAAUGGGAUCAUUUACAACAAGAAAUGUGGUAGAUAUUUUGGUGAUCCCAUUUAACUGUAGCAUCGUGUAUACUUCAGAAUAUGAGUCUACAGAACAGUUAUCAUGUCAACAGACUGCAAACGUAGCAUACGCCUCAGACGUUAUGAUAAUGUCAUUUACAAACACUGGUGAAUCUGGUUACUGCUUAUAUAUACCUUCAGAGUAUGCGCUACACGUAUAUGAGACGUUAAUGGAAGUAGGUAAAGAUUAUGGGGUACGAGACGUGGGUGUUCUCACACAACGUUUUAUGCGAAUAGAACGAUUUAUUCCCUUUUGGGCUGAAGAGUUAACACCAUUUGUUACCCCAUAUGAAGCUGGAAGUGGAUAUAGUGUAAAGUUAAAUAAGGAGUAUUUCAUUGGAAAAUUUGCUUUGCAAUAUCAAAAAGAGCAGGGUGUGACGAAACGAUUAGUAUUAUUCGUUGUUAAUGAACUGGAUAUAAACAAAGACGUAUGGCCAUGGGGUGGAGAACCUAUUUAUAGAAACAAUAAAUUUGUAGGAACUGUGACAUCAGCUGGGUAUGGUUUUGCAACUGAGAAACAUAUUUGCCUUGGUUUCAUUAGUUUACCUGGAACAAGGCAUGCGCAACCGAAUAAGAAUAUUGUUACAACAGAUUUUAUAAUGAAUCCUAUGGCUCGUUACGAAAUCGAUAUUGCUGGUACUAGAUUUCCUAUUAAGCCUCAUAUUUAUCCUUUACCGAUACCAGCAUUGAGCACUAAAUUAAAUAAAAAAUAUAUUCCUACCCCUAUCAUUGGAUAUGAAAACGAUGCUUUCCGAUAUUAAAAAGGAGAGGCCAAUUUCUUGCUUUUUGACGAGGUUGCAGAUAGUCUGAAUUAUUUAAACGUAUUUAUAAUUUUAUAGUUCAUAUUAUACUUUUACUAUUUUAAGUGAAACGUACUUAUACAUUUACUGAAAAUAUAUAAAUAUUUAAAAUUU